CCAUGAUCCCGCCCUGCGACCCCGCCAUUCUCGACAACAAUCCCCAGUUCAAGAAGCUCUACCAACACCUGACCACUACUUUACUUAACCCCGAUGGCUCCACGCGCGCCCACGAUGCGCAGCCCGCUCGGCAGGCGGUUCUGGAAGAAGUGAAAGCGUGCCGAAUCCGCGAUGCGAAGAAGCAGAUUAAGCAGCAAGCCCUCCGCCGACUAGCCUUUGACCCGGAUAGCAGCCUCCCUGACGAUGCCCGAGACUCCCUCGCCAUCACCACCCUCUACCUCGAAUCCUCCCCCCACCUACUCGACCUCGACAACGACACCCCCGAUGCAGCAGACAUCCAAUUCCUCCUCGCCCCGGACAUCGACCAAUUCUACUCCACCCUCCCGCUCCUCGUCGCGCCUCUCACCACCAUCCUCACAACCACCAUCACCGACCUCCGCACCAUCGCCAACACCGGCGGAAAUGAUCCUCCAGCAGACAACCUUCCCCGAACCCGCGCCCGGAACCGCCAAGCCAUGCGCUCUAUCGCGCAGACCCCGCUUUCCUCGCAGCUAGCGGAGCGGCUCCGCGCUCUCCGCCAGAUGCAGUUGACGGAGCUUCCGACAGCACGGACCCGGAUGGCGGGGACGGCAGCGGAGGUGCUUGCGACGCGGGCGGCGGUGUUGGAGCGCACGGUGAUGCUUCUGGAGCGGGCGAAACAUGGGGCUGUGGCGAGGGCGACGAAGGCCAAGGCGGAACAUUUGGCUAUGGUGGCGAUGGGGAUUGAGGGGAAACUUAGUGUUACGGAAUUGGAUGUGCUGGCUACGAUUCAUACGCCUGAGGUGGUGGAUGCGCUGGGUCGGUAUUAUCGGCAUUUGAAAGAUACGAGGGAGCGAUUGGAGGAGAGGCGUGUGUUGGCGUUGGGGGAGUUGAAGGGGUAUGAAGAUGUGGGUGGUGGUGGUGGUGGAGGGAGAGAUGGAGGUACGGGCAGAGGGAGAGCAGACUCUGGGGCGAUGAAGGAGAUUGCGCGCCGGUAUGGGGGAUUGAUUCGGGAGGUGGAGGACCCAUCUACCAUACAAGUUUAUCUACCCAGGCACACAUCCCCCUCUUCCUACCCCCCACAACAUAACCCAACAACAAACACACAAACACACAAACCAAGAAAGAAACAAGAAACCAAAAUGGCCGACGAAUCCCUCUCCAUCUACGACGAGAUCGAAAUCGAAGACAUGACCUACGACCCCGCCCUCCAGAUCUACCACUACCCGUGUCCAUGUGGCGACCGAUUCGAAAUCGCCAUUGAUGAUCUGCGCGACGGCGAGGAUAUUGCCGUUUGUCCGAGUUGUAGUUUGAUGAUUCGGGUGAUUUUUGAUGAGGGCGAUCUUGCCAAGGAUGGGGAUGAUAAGUCGGCGUCUGGGGCUGUUGCGGUGCAGGCUUAGGGGUUUGGUAGAGUGAGGGUUGGUUUAUAUGAAUGAUUGGAUAGGGAGAUUGGAUCUUGCUAUGCGAUAGGCAGACAGGGUUGCGACAGACUUGCUGCUGGAUGCAAUGAUGCGCCGGGGUAGCAGGGCUGUGUCGAUGAGCGUCGAGGGAGGUGUAUCGGAUAUACGAGCUGCUAUGCAUGCUCACCCCGCUAAGCUACGGCGCCAUGAGGCGCACGAUGCAGAGCCGAUGCCGCGCCCAGAAGGCGCAUUUGAUCGUCGGUGCGCUAGAUGCUUCGCUUGGUUGGAAGCUUCACAAGAACUUGUCAUGUCUUAUCUGCGCAAAGUACUCCUACGAGUACUACUGCCGAAGUGUAUUAUCUACCAGACUGAAUAGCACACAAUCAUAUCC